AUGAUUGAUGAUGAAGGCCUCGGGCUCGUUGCCAAUUUUCUUGGCAUGUUCAUAUUUCUGCUCGUGAUUGCAUACCAUUAUGUGACCGCUGAUCCAAAGUACGAAGGAAACUGAGAACUGAUGCUGUACCUCCCUUCUUUCAUACUGAGACAUGCCUAUCUAUAGAAAGACAAGUUUAACUAGUUUUCUUAGCAUAAUCAUCUGAUUUUUUUUUUCUCUCCUUUCUACCACAUCUGGAAUUUUGCUGACUCUUUUUUUUUUUUCAAUUAACGUUUUUUGGUUUCUGCAACUUUCAUGUUUUGCUUGUGCUAAUGUUCGACAGAUUAUGAAUCAUGGAGUUAAUAUCGUGAAAGAUGGCUAGAUUUUGUUGUUCAACAAUUGGUAUUAGAGAUUUGCCCAUGUUAUUGA